GACGACCAACAUCUACGUCCAAAUCGUUAAGUCUAAGUAUUCCAGUAAGUAUUUUUGAGAUGCAUAUAAUUUCUUUUUGAGAUAGGAAGAACAUUAUACUUAAGCUUACUCUCCAAACUCUGUAAAACACUAAAACAAAGCAAGAAAUAUAUUGAAAAUAUUCAAGAUUGUUAAGUGUUUCCUUCUAACUCUUCCGAAUGGCAGCGUACGUUUGUCAUCACCAUGAAUUGAUGGUACUUGAUGUUUUGGUACAAAUAUUGUGCUUUUUCUCAAGUUCAACAUAAUAUCACUUGCCAACAUGAAUGUCGUAGGGUACCUUACCCUGACGCUGGUGGUCAUCGUCAAAACCGCGACCUUCUCUCUCCUAACAGACGACAAUGUGCAUAACUCUACAAACCAGGACCUCGUCGGAGUGGAUGGCCAAAACGUGGAUGUGUUCAGACAACUGCUGAAUCAAGAAACUAUCAUCAGAAUGACCUUGGUCAAAAAUGUCCACGCCCUGAUGAAAGACAUGCUGACUCUAAAGGAAGACCUUGCUGUUGCUAAACAGAAACUUUCAUCCACUGAUCACGAAAUAUCGGUACUGAAAACGGAAGUCCAGGAAUUAAAACUCGAAAAUCACGUGUUGAAAAAUGAGAGUCGAGUACAAAGUAGGCGCCUCGCAGAAAUGGAAAGAAACAUUACACAAAUUUCUGAAAAUCACCAAGAAUUCCAGAGAAAUAGUGAUGUCGAUCGGAAGGCAUUCGAGCUUAAUGUUUCAGAUAUACUGGCAGACAUCAAAAUUGAGGUACGUUAUUUGUCUAUAACCUUGCUGGAUCUAAACGCAUACACUCGUCAAAUGGAAAAUGACAUCCUUGUUCAAAAGAACCUAGCGAUGUUCGAGUCCGUAAACUCUUCAUUGGAAAAUUUCAAUGUGAUGUUAAUGGCGACAGACAACAAAUUGUCAACUAGAGUUUCUGAUCUGGAGAAAUCUCAAGGUGGAGUAUUGUCAUCAGUUUCGGAUUACGUAAACACAACAGUGGGCAGUCUGAAGGCCGAACUGAAGGACUCAAAGUUUGAACAACUGAAAUUAUCAUCUACCGUGACCUCACUAGAGAUGUUCCGAAUGAAUCUAACCAAGAAUAACUGCGAUCUUAAGAAAGUGGCUUUCACCGCGGGAGUGACGUCUGCCAGUAGUACCUGGAACAGCGGGACGUUAGUAUUUCCGGUUGUCAUUAACAACGUCGGGGGUGGAUACAGUCCCAGUACUGGUGUGUUCACGGCCCCUACAGAGGGACACUACGUCUUCUUUGUCGCUGUCGUGGAAUAUAGUUCACAAGAUAUCCGAGUUGACAUUGUCCUGAAUGGGUAUUCAAAGGUCAGGGCCAUUGGAUAUUCAAGUGCAGGCGCCCAGACGGGUACAAACAUGGCUGUCCUGAAGCUUCAGCAGGGAUACACGGUGUGGAUCAGGCAUCAUGGAGGCAAAGGUUACGACACUCAAAGCACUCCUUUUACAACGUUCUCUGGCUUCCUCCUGUAACUUGCAUUAACUUAAGUCAGAGGUCAGAUUGAGUUUGUGUCACAGGAAAACUCAAACUAAGGUAAAUCAUAAAUGAUAUUUUAUCUACUUUAUAUCUAAAUUAUAAAGUAGACACUCUUGCUCUUAUGCCUGUAAAGAAUAAGCAUUGUCAUGUUCAUAUAUGUAUGAAAUUAACAUUCUCGUGUUUAAUUAUAUGAUAAACAUUAUCAUGUAUAUAUUCAAUAAUCAGUUUCGCGUUUAUAUAAUAAGCAUUCUCUUGUUUAUAUGUGAUAAUUAAUUUCGUGUUUAUAUGUAAUAAAGUAUUUCGUGUUUAUAUACAUGUAAUAACGAUUCUUGUGUUUGUAUGUACAUGUAUGUUGAUAUUAAAAAGAUGCUGGAUUUCA